AUGGAAAUCAUUGGAGAAUGUUAGAACUAUGUAAAUAUUUCAAUAAAUUAUUAAAAGGGAAAAAUGAGAAAUUAAAAAAAACUAGUAUAUAUUGUUAAGAAAAUGAUAGUUAUAGCAAAAUCUAUUAUGAUUAUAAAGUUUAAUAGGUCAUUCUAGGAUUAAUUAGAUAUUCACUAAAUUAAAUGGAUGAGAAAGAACAAGCACUUAAUUUAAUAUAUGAUUUUGUUGAUGAAAGAAGAUAUUUAACACAUGAAGGCGCUCCUCCAAAAGCAACUACAAAAUUUUAUAUAUUAAUAAAAAGAAAUUUUUCUUUAAGUUUUUUGA